CGGGCGGCGGCGGUGGUGGGGCCGGGCGCGCCGCCGCGGGGCCGGCGGGGGAGCAGCGGCCGCGGCCCCGCGGAGCGCCUGUAGCCGCGGCCGGGCCGCAGGCUGGCGAGCCGGGGCGCGCUGGCGGCGGCGGCGGUGGCGGCGGAGGAGGACGAGAAGGAGGGAGGCGGGAGUCAGCCGCCGGCCGCGCCGCCGCCGACGCCCCACAAGAGGAUGAAGAAGCGGAAGGAGCUGAACGCCCUCAUCGGCCUGGCAGCCGACGGCCGCAGGAAGAAACCCGCCAAGAAGGGCUCGGGCCACCGGCUGCUGCGCACCGAGCCGCCCGCCUCCGACUCCGAGUCCAGCUCCGAGGAGGACGAGUUCGCGGCGGCGGGGGUGCGGGGCCGCUGCGGCAAGGGAGACUAUCUACGAUGCUGCAGAAUCUGUUACCCCUUAUGUGCGUUUGUCAUUCUUGCCGCUUGUGUGGUAGCGUGCGUUGGCUUAGUCUGGAUGCAGGUGGCUCUCAAGGAGGAUCUGGAUGCAAUCAAGGAGAAGUUUCGAACUAUGGAAUCUAAUCAAAAGACAUCAUUCCAAGAAAUUCCUAAACUGAAUGAAGAUUUGGUGCAGAAGCAAAAGCAACUAGAACAAAUUGAGACUGGAGAACUGGGGCUAAAUAAGAUUUGGAUAAAUAUCACAGAGAUCAAUAAACAGAUAUCACUAUUGACCUCAACAGUAAAUCAUCUCAAAAACAACAUGAAGUCUGCUUCCGAUCUGAUUUCUCUUCCUCUCACAGUAGAGAAACUUCAGAAGACUGUAGCAAACAUAGGUAGCACUCUUACCAGUGUUUCUCAUGAUGUUGAAAAUAUACAGACAGCUAUUGAAGAAUACAAGAAAUCCAUAGAAAUGCUCCAGAAUGAUGUGAAGGAAUUAAAACAGAUCCCUUCACUUCCCUCUACCGUGGUGCCAAGGACUGAGAAAAAUCAGACAGAAAAUUGCAAACAGGAAAGCCAGUUGCUGCAUGCAGCUUUGGAGGAGCUAAACAAUACUGUAGUGGUGUACCAGAAGUUGAAUGACAUCAAGCUUCUAAAUGUGGAUUCAACCAUUAGUAACCUUAACCAGAGGGUUAUGCUGUUAGAAAACACCCCCCUUGCUGCGAAUAAUCCAGACAAAAGGGGGAAUUUGUCUACCAAUGUGGAGAAUGAUGCAACUACCUCUCUAAAAGUGGAAAAUGAAGAUCAACUAGAUAAUGAAACUCAUUCAGAUAAAGACCUGAAGGAAACAGAAACUAGAGAUUCUCAGGUAUCAAAACUAAGAGAGAAGCUUCAGCUGAUCAGUGCUCUCACAAGCAAGCCAGAAAAUGACAGACCUAUUGAGAUGUCAAAGAAUGUUGAAAGUAGUCUGAGUACUACUGCAAAGCCCGCAGACCUUUCAAGGCUGGCUUCAAGGUCAGCUGAUGACAACACAGAGGGUAACAGACAGCUGAGACAUCUGUCCUUGCCAGGAAUUUCCAGCAUCAAAGAUCUUCAGAAUUUGUUUGAAAAAGCAGCUGAAGAUGCUGAUGGAAAACUAUCAUAUGAAGAUCUUCAAAAGCUGCUUGGCUCUACAGCCCAAGAGUCACAGAGCUUUAAGAAGUUUGACACAGAUGGAGAUGAGAAGUACUCAUUACAAGAACUGAGAUUAGCUUUAGGUGUAUAGGAUAUAUAUUUAGAAAUGUGAUAUUGAUGGAUGCUACUGUAGCUAAAGGAAACUACGGGACAUGAAAAACUACAUCUGCACUUUCCAAGUGUUUUACUGAUCUUUGGAGCUAAAUUACUGUACACAUUGCCACCUCUUUUUUUGUUUGCAUUUACUGAAAAGAAAUUUACAAAUUUAUAUGUCAAUAGGACAUAUUGGGACUGUGUUAAAAUUCAGAAAAUUCCCAAACUUGGAAACAUUUUCCUCUCAUUCUUUCCUUUUCAAGGGAGUUCUUGUUUUUAAUUCAAAAUGUGUACAUACUAAAAUAAAACUAUUGUUUUAUAUUUCACUAAAACUUGCCUUAAAUUAGAGAGCUGCACUUUAUGUAGAGCAGAAGGAAAUCUGUUGUGUAAAGAUGGCUGCUUCUGCUUGUAAAUAUUUGAGACAGAGUAAAUUAUGCAUAUUUAAGGGGAAGUUUCUGUCAGGGGCUGUGUUGGUAGUAAGCUCUCUAUGGCGAGAGGCUGAGCCUAAAAGGGGUGGCUAAGAGCUUCACCUAAAUUUCUAAUUUUGACAAAGUAUAUCCACAAAUGAGUUUGGAAUCAGAGGAAAGCAGGAGUGGUAAAUCAUGCCCAUCUAUAUCAGGAUUUAUUUUUAGAGGGAAGAGUUGAUAGUGUUUUUUAUAUCAUGAGCCUACAGGAGUAAUUACGUACCAAGUGCUUGGGUUUUCACUUCAGCAUUCUUUUAGCUUUGCUGUAUUGCAUCCAGAUUAUUUUGUGAGAUGAGCCUAUCUAUUUAAAAAAAAAAAACAACAAACUAUUGAAGAAUUUUAACAGAUGCUUUAAGAGGUAAAAGCCUACAGUGCAGCCUGGUGAGUAGCACCGGAAUAUUUCAUGCCUGCAGUGUGAUCAGUGCUGUGUUGGCGGUCUUGCUGAUGAGUCUCUGGAGAUCUUUUGAGCAGGGUUGCUGGUGCUGCCAGUUUCUUCCAUCAGCGGUUGUUGGGGUCACUUUGAAGUGCUGCGAGUAAAGCUCCUGGUCACUAGGAGUGUGAGCAGGUGGGGAAGGUCCAGAGUAGACUCAUGGGCUGUUUCCUGACUAACGUGAACAUGGUCACCUCUUGGUACCUUUACCUUUUAUGUUCUCAUCAACAGGCGGAUCUAAAAAGCAGGAUAGGAGCGUGCAGUCGCAUCGGUGUUCUCUACUGACGCACGCUUUGUAAGUGCGGUUUCCUUGCUAUAAAGGAACUUAAGGGUUUGUUUAUGCUAGUGGAUCUAAACACAGAUCUGUGUUUCUUGAACAUAAAAAAUGACUUCUGCAGAAGGGAUUCCCUUGUGGGACAGAUCAGGGCCAAGUUGGAUGAUUUUGCUCACAAAUACCACUGAUGAUGUUGGGAGGUUUUUUGCAUGAUGAGUGAAUUGAAGUUGCCCACCUCGCUGGAACAUCAGUUUGUGGAAGUCAGUUCAUAAUUGUUGACUUAUAUAUUUUUAGACUGGAUGUUUCAUGAAUAAUUGUGUCCUGGAUUAUGAAUCACUGAAGGAAUGUACAAAAUGGAACCCUGUUACCCAUUGCCUAGGCUUCUUUCACUGUUGCUCUUCUAUCCUGUUUGGGUAAUGCAGACGUGACCCAAUAUGGAGAUGCUUUUGAUGUGACAUUUGAAAAUGCAGUAUUUAAAAACAAAACAAAACCAAUCAACCUUGGCUUUUGAGAGGACAAGAAGCCAACACUUGCUUCUUGCUGCUUCCCACACCCUUUUAUACACUACUGUAUAAAUUCCUUAACCAAAAAAAAAAACCAACACAAAAACCUAGCAAUAAAAUAUAACCAUUCUGGUAUUUUGUUUGUACAUACUGUAUCAUAGCCAUAUGCCAGAGUUUGCAAAAUAUUUUUGGAAGUUUGAUUUGUACGGAAUUUAACUUACCUUAAAAUUUAAGGGAUUAUUGUAUUGCCAUAUGAAUCUAUUAGUGUUUUGUUUUUCUUGCAGUCUGCUUUACUUUUAGAAGGCUCUUCCACAGCAAUAGUGAAACUGUCAGCUAGAGACAGCGUGUGCCGCUCCAGCCGCCUGUGUCUGCCUGUGGCCAAGGAGCCAGGCUGGUCAGUAAUUGGCAGUAGGGCACAUCUGUCCAGUGGUGCUGCUUAACUUGCAUGUCAAGAGCAUAGUGGAUUGCUAAUUGCUGUAAUCACUGCUGUUGUGCGAUGGACUGGUGCUAUCAAUUUAACAAAAUCCAGUCAUCCCUGAGUACAGUGGUCGCUGUUGUUCGGCCCGUAGUGGCGUGCUGCAGGCUGGGAGCACUGGUCCCCAGCCAGCCGCUGCCGUCGUGCAAGUUUUCUGCUACGCUGCUGGUCUGCCCUGCAUGCUAUCCAAAGCCCUGAUGCUGGGCGUCGGCAGGCUUCCUGCCCCGUGUUCUACACGCUGCAGAUGGUGGAGGGCAUGAAAGCCACGGGUGUAGUGAAUACACUUGUCCGGAUCCGCGCUCUGCUGUAGCUCACGCCUACAGACGGUGGGUUUCCAGAGGGGCGGCUCACAGCCAGCCUGGGGAGGGUGCGUGCUUCUGCCGGGGCCAAGUCCUAGAGAAGUGAUGUCUGAAAUCAGUUAAUUGUUUUAAUUAAUUAAACAGUGCGAGCUGACAGGUCUGCGAGCGGCAGCUGGGGCUGUAGCUGAGACGUGCUGUUACGCUGUGAUUCUUGGGUUCAUUUUCAGGCCGUGUUUGUGUCUCCUGGCUGCCUCCUGGGCAGGGACCACCGCGUGUCUGUCGGGUCGGUUACUGGCCCGUCCAAGGAGCGGAGCCGCGCCGUGCCGGGCGUGCAUGGCGCGGCUCCGCUCCGCUGGGGUUCGAGCUACGGCACUCCGCGCCUUUUCUCGUGUAACGCCACUUUUAAUUUAUCUCAAUAAAAGUUCGUUUCCAG